AUGGCCUCUGUGCCUCCUCCCCCUCCUCCCCCUCCGGGAUGGGGUGAUGCUCCCUCAUCCAUGCCGAAGGCCCCGCCGCCCCCGGGCUAUCAAUCGACGGCCGACUCCCACGUUGCGAAGUUCGCGCAGAAGAAGCAAGAAUGGUUGCGCACCCAGCGCAACCGCUUCGGCGAGAAGCGGAAGGGUGGCUUCGUCGAGACACAGAAAGCGGACAUGCCGCCUGAGCAUUUGCGAAAGAUCGUGAAGGAUAUUGGCGACGUCUCGCAAAGAAAAUUCACCAACGAAAAGCGCAGCUACCUAGGCGCGCUGAAGUUCAUGCCCCAUGCAGUUUUCAAGCUUCUCGAGAACAUGCCCAUGCCCUGGGAAUCAGCCAGGGAAGUGAAAGUCCUGUACCACGUCAACGGAUGCCUGACCAUUGUCAACGAAAUCCCGCGUGUCAUCGAGCCGGUUUUCCACGCCCAAUGGGCAACGAUGUGGAUGGCCAUGCGUCGAGAGAAGAGUGAUCGCCGCCACUUCAAGCGCAUGCGCUUCCCCCCAUUUGAUGACGAAGAACCGCCUCUUUCAUGGUCCGAGAAUAUUGAGGAUGUUGAGCCUCUGGAGCCGAUCCAGAUGGAACUUGACGAGGAGGAAGACGAGGCAGUCUACGAAUGGUUUUACGAUCACCAACCUCUUCUUGAUACGACUCACGUCAAUGGACCGAGCUACAAGUCCUGGAAUUUGUCACUUCCCCAGAUGGCGACCCUUCACCGACUGAGCCACCAGUUGUUGAAUGACGUGGUCGACGAAAACAAAUGCCACUUGUUCGACCUCAACAGCUUCUUCACUGCCAAGGCGCUCAAUGUUUCCAUCCCCGGUGGCCCUCGUUUUGAGCCUCUGUACAAGGAUAUUGACCCCAACGACGAGGAUUUCAGCGAAUUCAACGCCAUCGACCGCAUCAUCUUCCGUAACCCGGUUCGAACCGAAUACCGCGUUACCUUCCCCCACUUGUACAAUACUCUACCACGGAGCGUGAAGCUUGGCUGGUACUCUCACCCCACGAUGGCCUACACUCGCAGCGAGGAUCCGAACCUACCCGCUUUUUACUUCGAUCCUGCCCUUAGCCCGAUUUCCUCCCGCUCCGUUGCUCCGAAGAACAUUACUGUUAGCCAUGAGGAUGAGAUAUUUGGCAUGGACGACGAAGAUGAUUUUGAACUUCCUGGAGAGGUCGAGCCAUUCUUCGCCGAUGAGGAUCUUGAAACCGACGACACAGCAUCUGCGAUCGUACUUUGGUGGGCCCCUCAUCCCUUCGAUAAGCGAUCUGGAAAGAUGGUUCGCGCUCAGGAUGUCCCUCUGGUGAAGCAAUGGUAUCUGGAGCACUGCCCGGAGGGUCAGCCUGUCAAGGUCCGCGUUUCAUAUCAAAAACUGCUGAAGACCUACGUGCUCAACGAGUUGCACAAGAAAACGCCCAAGGCCCAGAACAAGCAGAAAUUGACGAAGACCCUAAAGACGACUAAGUUCUUCCAGCAGACAACAAUCGACUGGGUCGAGGCAGGCUUGCAAGUCUGUCGCCAGGGGUUCAAUAUGCUGAAUUUGCUCAUUCACCGCAAGAACUUGACCUACCUGCAUCUUGAUUACAACUUCAACUUGAAGCCCGUGAAGACCUUGACAACCAAGGAGCGAAAGAAGUCUCGCUUCGGAAAUGCUUUCCACUUGAUGAGAGAAAUUCUUCGACUCACUAAGUUGAUUGUUGAUGCUCAGGUUCAGUACCGUCUCGGCAACAUCGACGGUUUCCAGCUCGCCGACGGUAUCCUGUAUGCAUUCAACCACGUUGGUCAGCUGACCGGUAUGUACCGAUACAAGUACAAGCUCAUGCAUCAGAUCCGCUCUUGCAAGGAUCUGAAGCAUCUGAUCUACUACCGGUUCAACUCAGGUCCUGUCGGCAAAGGUCCGGGUUGCGGUUUCUGGGCCCCUGCCUGGCGAGUCUGGCUUUUCUUCAUGCGCGGUAUUAUUCCUCUUCUUGAGAGGUGGCUCGGAAACCUGCUUUCUCGUCAGUUUGAGGGUCGUCACAGCAAGGGCGUUGCGAAAACCGUUACUAAGCAGCGCGUGGAGUCUCAUUUCGAUCUGGAACUGCGUGCCUCGGUCAUGGCCGACCUCAUGGACAUGAUGCCUGAGGGUAUUAAGCAGAACAAGGUUAACAUUGUUUUGCAGCAUCUGUCCGAGGCCUGGAGAUGCUGGAAGAGUAACAUUCCUUGGAAGGUCCCCGGUCUACCUGCACCCAUCGAGAAUAUUAUUCUUCGUUAUGUCAAGAGCAAGGCGGACUGGUGGAUUUCUGUCGCCCAUUACAACCGAGAGAGAAUUCGUCGCGGAGCUACCGUUGACAAGACAGUUGCCAAGAAGAACUUAGGUCGACUGACCCGUCUUUGGCUUAAGUCGGAACAAGAGCGUCAGCACAACUAUCUUAAGGAUGGUCCUUACGUCACGUCGGAAGAGGCCGUGGCAAUCUACACCACAAUGGUCCACUGGCUGGAGUCCCGCAAGUUCUCGCCAAUUCCUUUCCCCAGUGUGUCGUACAAGCACGAUACCAAGAUCCUCAUUCUUGCCCUGGAGCGACUUCGUGAAUCCUACUCUGUCAAAGGUAGACUGAAUCAGAGUCAGCGCGAAGAACUUGCUCUUAUCGAGCAAGCCUAUGACUCUCCGGGAACGACCUUGGCCCGUAUCAAACGAUUCCUGCUCACUCAGCGAGCUUUCAAGGAAGUUGGAAUCGACAUGAACGAUAACUACAACAACAUCAACCCCGUGUACGACAUUGAACCAAUUGAAAAGAUCACGGAUGCCUACUUGGACCAGUAUCUCUGGUAUCAAGCGGAGCAACGUCACCUCUUCCCGGCCUGGAUCAAGCCUUCCGACUCCGAAGUCCCGCCGCUCUUGACCUACAAAUGGACCCAAGGAAUCAACAACUUGUCUAACGUUUGGGAAACUUCUGAAGGGGAGACCAAUGUCAUGAUUGAGACAGAGCUUUCAAAGGUCUACGAGAAGAUUGAUCUUACCCUGCUGAACCGAAUGCUUCGACUCAUCAUGGACCACAACUUGGCGGAUUACAUUACCGCGAAGAACAAUGUACAGCUCAGCUACAAGGAUAUGAACCACACGAACAGCUACGGGCUGAUCCGAGGUCUUCAGUUCUCUGGCUUUGUGUUCCAGUACUACGGUAUGAUGAUCGAUUUACUGCUUCUCGGUUUGCAGCGAGCAAGUGAAAUGGCCGGACCGCCCCAGAGUCCCAACGACUUCUUGCAGUUCCGGGACCGGGCCACUGAGACUCGACACCCCAUCCGUCUUUAUACCCGCUAUGUCGAUAAGAUCUGGGUCUUCUUCCGGUUUGAUGCCGACCAGUCUCGUGACUUGAUCCAGCGAUUCUUAACUCAGAAUCCUGAUCCCAACUUCUCCAAUGUUGUCAACUACAGCAAUAAGAGGUGCUGGCCUCGCGACUGUCGUAUGCGCUUGAUGCGCCAUGAUGUCAAUCUCGGACGUGCUGUUUUUUGGGAUUUGAAGAACCGCCUUCCCCGGUCUAUCACGACAAUUGAUUGGGAUGACACCUUUGCAAGUGUGUACAGCAAGGACAACCCCAACUUGCUCUUUUCCAUGAACGGUUUCGAGGUUCGGAUUCUGCCUAAGUGCCGCAACCAGAAUGAGGAGUUCAAUGUGAAGGACAGUGUUUGGUCUUUGGUGGACAACUCUACCAAGGAACGCACUGCACACGCCUUCCUCCAGGUGACAGAGGAGGAUAUUCAGAAGUUUAAUAAUCGCAUCCGGCAAAUUCUCAUGUCCUCUGGAUCGACAACAUUCACCAAGAUUGCCAAUAAGUGGAACACAGCGCUCAUUGCUCUCUUCACCUACUACCGUGAAGCAGCAGUCUCUACUGUGAAUCUGCUUGACACCAUCGUCAAGUGCGAGACGAAGAUUCAGACUCGUGUCAAGAUCGGCUUGAACUCGAAGAUGCCUUCCCGUUUCCCUCCUGCCGUUUUCUAUACCCCCAAGGAACUUGGUGGCCUUGGUAUGAUUUCGGGAUCCCACAUUCUUAUCCCUACCAGUGACAAACGCUGGUCAAAGCAGACUGACACCGGAAUUACCCAUUUCCGUGCCGGUAUGUCGCAUGACGAAGAAACCUUGAUCCCGAACAUCUUCCGGUACAUCGUUCCUUGGGAGUCCGAGUUCAUCGAUUCUCAGCGUGUAUGGAUGGAAUAUUCUCAGAAGCGCAUGGAAGCUCAACAGCAGAACCGACGACUGACUCUCGAAGAUCUCGAGGACAGCUGGGAUCGUGGUCUUCCGCGUAUCAACACCCUCUUCCAGAAGGAUCGAAGCACUCUCAGCUUUGACAAAGGCUUCCGCCUUCGUGCGGAGUUUAAGCAGUACCAACUGAUGAAGAGCAAUCCUUUCUGGUGGACCAGCCAGCGCCAUGAUGGUAAACUAUGGAAUCUCAAUGCAUACCGCACAGACGUUAUCCAAGCACUGGGUGGUGUGGAGACUAUUCUGGAGCACACCUUAUUCAAAGCAACUGCAUUCCCAUCCUGGGAAGGCUUGUUCUGGGAGCGAGCGAGUGGUUUCGAGUUUAAGAAACUCACCAACGCCCAACGUUCCGGUCUCAACCAAAUUCCCAAUCGUCGAUUCACCCUUUGGUGGUCGCCAACCAUCAACCGUGCCAAUGUCUACGUUGGUUUCCAAGUCCAGUUGGAUCUGACGGGUAUUUUCUUGCAUGGUAAGAUUCCGACUCUCAAGAUCUCGCUCAUCCAGAUCUUCCGUGCCCACUUGUGGCAGAAGAUCCACGAAUCUGUGGUCAUGGACUUGUGUCAGGUGUUUGAUCAGGAGCUGGAGCAGCUUGGCAUCGAAGCUGUGCAAAAAGAGACGAUUCACCCGCGUAAAUCGUACAAGAUGAACAGCUCUUGUGCGGAUAUCCUGCUCUUCGCCACUAAUAAGUGGAAUGUCACUCGCCCCUCCUUGCUGUUCGACACUAAGGACGCCUACGAUCCCACGACCACGAACAAGUUUUGGAUUGACGUGCAGCUGAGAUAUGGUGACUACGACUCUCACGACAUUGAACGCUAUGUCCGUGCUAAGUACCUGGACUACACUACCGAUAGCAUGAGCAUCUACCCUUCGGCAACUGGUUUGAUGAUUGGCAUUGAUUUGGCUUACAACUUGUACUCAUCUUACGGCCAGUACUUCCCUGGUUUGAAGAUCUUGAUUCAGCAGGCCAUGGCUAAGAUCAUGAAGGCCAAUCCUGCCUUGUACGUUUUGCGUGAACGCAUCCGCAAGGGUCUGCAGCUGUAUGCGUCGGAGAGCAACCAGGAGUUCCUGAACUCCCAGAAUUAUUCAGAGCUCUUCAGUCCUCAGAUCCAGCUUUUCAUCGACGACACCAACGUCUACCGUGUCACGAUCCACAAAACAUUUGAGGGUAACCUGACGACGAAGCCCAUCAACGGUGCCAUCUUCAUCUUCAACCCUCGCACCGGACAAUUGUUCUUGAAGAUUAUUCACACGAGCGUCUGGGCUGGACAGAAACGACUGGGUCAGUUGGCCAAGUGGAAGACAGCAGAAGAAGUUGCGGCUCUUAUUCGCUCUCUGCCUGUGGAAGAACAGCCGAAGCAGCUGAUUGUCACCCGAAAGGGUCUUCUGGAUCCUCUCGAGGUUCACCUGCUCGAUUUCCCCAAUAUCUCGAUCCGUGCCUCUGAGCUUCAGCUACCAUUCCAGGCUGCUAUGAAGGUCGAGAAGCUGGCAGACAUGAUCCUCCGCGCCACUGAGCCGCAGAUGGUUCUCUUCAACUUGUAUGAUGAGUGGCUGAAGUCCAUCUCUCCCUACACCGCCUUUUCGCGCCUGGUCUUGAUUCUGCGUGCCCUGCAUGUCAACAUUGACAAGGCGAAGAUCAUUCUUCGACCUGACAAGAGUGUCAUCACCCAAGAGCACCACAUCUGGCCGACUCUAGCCGAUGAGGAUUGGAUCAAGGUUGAGGUGCAGUUGCGUGAUUUGAUUCUUAAUGACUACGGCAAGAAGAAUAAUGUCAAUGUCCAAAGUCUCACGAGCAGUGAGGUACGAGACAUCAUUCUGGGUAUGGAGAUCAGUGCGCCAUCGCUGCAGCGCCAGCAGGCCGCAGAGAUCGAAAAGCAACAGGAAGAGGCGAAGCAGCUUACCGCUGUGACCACCAAGACUCAGAACGUGCGAGGUGAAGACAUCAUUGUCACGACUACCUCGCAAUAUGAGCAGCAAUCCUUCGCGUCCAAGACCGAGUGGCGCACUCGCGCUAUCGCAACUUCCAACUUGCGCACCCGGUCGAACAACAUCUACGUGUCAUCGGAUGACAUUCUCGACGACAAAUUCACCUAUGUCAUGCCCAAGAACAUUCUCAAGCGUUUCAUCACCAUUGCCGAUCUUCGUGUCCAGGUGAGCGGUUACAUCUACGGUCGCUCGCCGAAAGACAACGCUCAGGUCAAGGAGAUCUGCACCAUUGUGAUGGUUCCGCAGGUUGGAAACACUCGCGAUGUCCAACUUCCCCAUGAGUUGCCCCAGCAUGACUAUCUCAAAAGCCUCGAGCCGCUGGGUGUCAUCCACACCGUCUCAGGAAAUGAGCCACACUACCUGUCGGCGGCAGAUGUCACACAGCACGCCCGUCUCAUGAACGCGCACUCCUCUUGGGACCAGAAGACUGUCACCAUGACCGUCUCGUUCACUCCUGGAUCAGUGUCACUUUCCGCCUGGGGUCUUACCCCCGAGGGAUACAAAUGGGGCGCUGAAAACAAGGAUAUGACUUCGGAUCAACCUCAGGGCUUCUCGACUAGCAUGGGUCGGAAAUGUCAGCUGCUUCUCAGUGACCGAGUCCGCGGCUAUUUCCUUGUUCCCGAGGACAACUUGUGGAACUACAGCUUCAUGGGUAGCUCCUUCGGAGGCGUCGAGAAGAGACCCAUCUACGUGAAGAUCGAUACCCCGCUUCGUUUCUACGAUGACCAGCAUCGCCCCCUGCACUUCCAGAACUUUGCUGAGUUGGAAGACAUCUGGGUUGAUCGCACGGAUACUUUCGAGUAA